AUGGAGGAGCAACAGAAAAGAAAUAUUGUUAUUAUCGGGGGCGGUAUUAUCGGAUGCACGACGGCCUACUUCCUAACACGGCAUCCCAAGUUCAAUCCGAACCUUCACACGAUCACUCUACUCGAAGCAACGGCGAUUGCUGCUGGCGCAUCCGGAAAAGCUGGUGGGCUCCUGGCGCUAUGGGCCUACCCGCAAUCUCUGGUUCCAUUAUCAUACCGACUACACAAAGCGUUGGCAGAGGAGCAUAAUGGCGCCGAGCGCUGGGGAUAUAGACGAGUAGGAUGUGGGUCUAUCACAGCGACUGUUACUCGAGACGACCUCCUCGCUAGAACCAAGACGAACCCAACACCCUCGUCACCUGUGAAAGGAGAGCAAAAUGGAAAUGGGGUGGCUACAAACAGUCAAAACAAUGAUGCUCUUCCGAUACAGAGCUCAGUGGCCGGUGACCCUGCCCAGGGCGACAAAGAAUCAGACUGGCAAAAGCUCCCGAAGCAAGACGAAGAUGCCACUACCCUGCUCAAGCCUUCUGUUCUACCGCAAGAUCUCGACUGGUUCGACUCUACAGUCGUUCAACACUAUCAAGAGAUGGGUCAACCUGGAGCAACCGAAACAGCACAAGUUCAUCCUUUUCAUUUCACUACCUCAAUUGCCGCCCUCGCUCAACAAAAGGGAGUUGAUUUCCGAAUAGGCGCAAAGGUCACUCGUCUCAAGUACAACAGCGAGAAAACAAAGGUUAUCGGGCUACAGUACGAAGACAGAAACAGCAGCGAAGUUGUUGAUCUGGACAAUGUGACAGAUGUAGUUGUAUCUGCCGGGCCAUGGACAGGCAAGAUCCUGCCUAGAACCAAGAUUGAAGGAUUGAGGGCACAUAGUGUGGUUUAUGAGGUAGAUGUGACGCCGUAUGCUGUCUUUACCGACAUUGUGCUGCCAACAGACUUUGUGCCUGAGCAUCGGGCGAGAAAGGGGCAGAAGAGGAAGCAUAAGCGGAAUGUUGAUCCGGAGGUGUAUGCUAGACCUUUUGGUGAGGUAUAUGCUUGUGAUCCUUCGAUCCCUCUUCCAGAAACUGCAGACUUGGUGCAGUGCGACGAAGACCAAUGUGAUGACUUGACUGCAUAUAUGGGAACCGUUUCGCCUAUCUUGGCGAGUGCUCCCAUCAAAGCGAAACAGGCAUGCUAUCUGCCAAGGCAUAUGAGGUUUGGCACGGAGCGUGACCCAGUCAUUGGGCAGUCUUACGUGAAGGGGUUGUGGAUCGCUUCCGGGCAUACAUGUUGGGGGAUUCAGAACGGUCCUGGUACUGGGUGUUUGAUGGCUGAACUGAUCCUGGAUGGUGAAGCAAGGAGCGCUGACAUUACAGAGCUCGAGCCGAAGAAGUAUAAGGUCUAA